UAAUUAAUAACUUACAAAGCGGCGGAGCGAUGGCGGUGUUUCGGUCUGCAUUCGAUGCCGGAGAGUUGAGAACCGAGUUCGAGAAGGCCGGCAUCAAAACCACCUUCAUCCCCUUCAUUUGGAAGCAUUUGCUUCACGAUCAAAACAACCUAUUCAACCAUAAUCUGGCAUCCGAAUUCCAAUGGGAGCAAGCUGUGCCUUCGCUGCCGUCGGCGGCCUAUUGCUUGCUCCGGUUGAAAUUCAAGCCUCUUACUUCCACCGUCCACUCUGUCGUUGAUUCCUCCGAUCAGGUCACCACCAAACUCCUUAUUAAGCUUCAGAGUGGAGCUUUUGUGGAGGCUGUCAUAAUGAGGUAUGAUACUCGUCUAGGAAAAUAUGGCGGCAAACCUCGUCCAGGUGGUCUGCGGUCUACUCUUUGUAUUUCUUCCCAGGUUGGUUGCAAAAUGGGAUGCAGAUUCUGUGCAACUGGAACGAUGGGGUUUAAAAGCAAUCUGACUUCAGGGGAGAUAGUAGAGCAGUUGGUUCAUGCCUCCCGUUUUUCCCAAAUACGCAAUAUUGUUUUCAUGGGAAUGGGUGAACCAUUGAAUAACUAUUCUUCUUUAGUGGAAGCUGUCCGUGCAAUGAUGGGCCCACCAUUCUUACUAUCACCCAAGAGAAUUACUAUCUCAACUGUUGGAAUUAUUCAUGCUAUAAACAAACUGCACAGUGAUCUUCCAGGAUUGAACUUGGCUGUUUCCUUGCAUGCACCUGUGCAAGACAUUCGUUGUCAGAUAAUGCCAGCAGCUCGAGCUUUUCCUUUACAAAAGCUUAUGGAUGCUCUCCAAGAAUAUCAAAAAAAGAGUCAGCAAAAGAUAUUAAUUGAGUACAUAAUGCUUGAUGGAGUGAAUGAUGAGGAGCAACAUGCCCACCAACUCGGGAAAUUGUUAGAGACAUUCCAAGUGAUAGUAAACUUAAUACCAUUCAAUCCUAUUGGUAGUUCAAGCCAAUUCAAAACCAGUGGCGAUGAGAAAGUUUCAGUCUUCCAGAAAAUUCUCCGCGGUACGUAUAACAUACGCACAACAGUUCGUAAGCAGAUGGGUCAAGAUAUUAGUGGUGCAUGUGGUCAACUGGUGGUCAGCCUGCCUAAUAGAAGCUCUAGUAAACAAUCUAGCGUUCUACCUGACAUUGAAGAUCUUCACCUCUGAUGUACACAAGAUACCACCAGUGUCUAAGAGAGUAAUGUAAUGUCGGAGGCGGUUGUUUCAACUGUUAUGAAAAGUCAUCAUUUGGUAGACUCGAACGGCUUCCUGGAAUGCACAUUACAGAACCAAUUUUGAGCCAAUGCCGACUGGAAAGCAAGUAUAUUGAAAAGAAAAGGAGACUAGGGGGAUCAAAAUCGUUCAAAGAGGUGGAAAUGCCAAGGAAACGAAGAAGUUAAAAUGUGGUUGCAGGAAGACUUGAUUGUGAUUGUUGCAAUUCAGGAUAUGUUUAUGAAUUAAGCGUUGGCAAUUGGCAUCAUACAGGGCUUUGUCAAUUUUUCCUCAGAUAAUUGAGGGGGAAGUGUUCAGCCAAAACUGAAGCCAUAGAUGUUUUUUUUCUUCCUUUUUUAAGUUUCAAUGCUUUCUUUUUUCCACCUUGUCCUUCAAAUCUAAGUUUAGAGAUAUGUUUCUUAUGUUCAAUGUUACGUACGGGAUGCUGCUUUUAACUCAAACUGAAGCCCAACUACUGAAAAAGCAUCGCAUUAGCAAUGGCAUUGGUAAAUAGUAUAUUUCAUUUA